AUAAAAAGACGUGGCAUAUUCAAUGUUUGUUCAGUUCUCUGGAUAUAUUUCAAGAAUAUUCAAAUCUUGUUUAUUUGAAAUCGAUAUAUUUGAAAAAAAAAAGAAAAUGAAAACGAUUGUGAUUUUUUCUAUUAUUUGCGUUUGUGUUGGUGCACUGACCCUUGAAGAAUUACAAAACGCGCUACGUAUCACGCAGUCAUUUUGUAAGACAGAGAGUGGUGUUGAUCAACAAAUAGUAGACGAUGUUAAUAGUGGCAAGAUCAACCUAAGUGACGAAAAUGUUUUAUCAUACGUUGAAUGUGCGAUGAAAAAAUUUAGUGCUGUUGACGACAAUGGAAAUUUCAACGAAAAAGUUGCUAGAAAUGUUGCCAGUGCAGUUUUAAACGAUGAUGAGGUUGAGCAAUUAAUUGCCGAAUGUUCGCCUAUCUCUGACGCCAAUGUACAUGUAAAAAUUAGUAAGAUAUUACAAUGUUUUUUUAAAUAUAAAACAGUAAAUGAUGUACUAAAUUUGUAAAUAUUUCCAACUAUCAAAAAGAAGAGGAUUAUUCAGAAUGCUUACUUUUUAUUUCAAUUGAAUAAUGUAAUGUACUUUAAUUGAUUAAAAAAUAUUUGAAAACUUUUAUUAAUAAAUUGGUGUACGGUUACUUAA